AUGGACGAUGCCCUGAUCCAAGGUACAAGUCGCUUCAAGCACUACAAUACACAGGCACCAGACACCACUCGUAUAUUGCCACUGUUCUCGCUCAAGGGAAAGACUGCCAUUGUAGCAGGCGCCGGUGCGGGCAUUGGUCUGGCCGUCUGUCGAGGCUAUGCCGAAGCCGGAGCCAAUGUGAUCAUAUGGUACAACAGCAAUAAAGCGGCCGAAGAUCGUGCCCAGGAGAUAGAGGACGAGUUUGGCGUGCGCUGUCGUGCAUACUCGGUCGAUGUCACCAAUCCCGAAGCCGUCGACACCGCCAUCACCAGCCAGCUCAAAGACUUCAACGACCGCCUAGACAUCUUCGUCUACAACUCAGGUGUAGCAUGGACCAGCGGCGCCGCCAUCACCGGCAGCCUCGACAACUAUCGCAGCGUCAUGAAAGUCAACGUCGACGGUCUCUUCUACUGCGCCCGCGUCGCCGGCCGUAUCUGGCGCGAGCAGAAGCAGCGUCAGAAACAGUCCCAGGCCACGCCCCUCCCCAACUUCCGCGCGGGCAGCUUCAUCGCCACGGCCAGCAUGAGCGGCCACAUCGCCAACUUCCCGCAGCUGCAGACGGCCUACGACGCGUCCAAGGCGGCUGUCAAGCACAUGUGCCAGAACCUCGCGCUCGAGUGGGUGCAGUUUGCGCGCGUCAACAGCAUCAGUCCGGGCUACAUAGCCACCGAGUUGACGGACUUUGUGCCUACGGAGACGAAGGAGGUCUGGCGGUCGAUGAUACCCAUGGGGAGGGAGGGCGAGGUGGGCGAAUUGAAGGGACCGUAUCUGUUUUUGGCGAGUGAUGCGAGCUCGUACUGUACGGGGACGGACUUGCUGGUUGAUGGGGGAUAUUGUGCUCCUUGA